UCGGCCACGCGCUCUGUACAUGCGGUCCUGGGGUAACGCAACAGCCUCGUGGAGCAAUAGCAUCUCACUAACAAGAACACCAAGGUUUCAGUGAUAGACACCGCAGUCAAUAGCCACAAAGAUGAUGAACGGUUUUCACAACGCGCUUAUUGAUGAAGACUCCUUCCUCUUUACAUCGGAAUCCGUAGGAGAGGGGCAUCCAGAUAAGAUCUGUGACCAGAUCAGUGAUGCUGUCUUGGAUGCCCACCUUAAGCAGGACCCUGAGGCCAAAGUGGCUUGUGAGACCGUUGCAAAGACUGGCAUGAUUCUUCUGGCUGGAGAGGUGACUUCCCGUGCCAAUGUUGACUACCAGAAGAUCGUCAGGGAUACCAUCAAGCACAUCGGCUAUGACGACUCCACGAAAGGCUUUGAUUACAAGACCUGUAAUGUUCUGGUUGCACUGGAGCAGCAGUCUCCAGACAUCGCACAGGGCGUUCACCUGGACCGCAACGAGGUGGACGUGGGCGCAGGAGACCAGGGUCUGAUGUUUGGCUAUGCGUCAGACGAGACGGAGGAGUGUAUGCCCCUCACCAUUACCCUCGCCCACAAGCUCAACGCCAAGAUGGCUGAGCUGCGACGCAAUGGCACCCUGCCCUGGUUGAGACCUGACACCAAGACUCAGGUGACGGUGCAGUAUCGGCAGGACCGCGGGGCGAUGCUGCCGGUGCGCGUUCACACCGUCGUGGUCUCGGCACAGCACGACGACGACAUCUGCGUGGACGAGAUGCGAGACGCACUCAAGGAGAAGGUCAUCAGGGCGGUGGUGCCCUCCCAGUACCUCGACGAAGACACCGUCUACCACCUGCAGCCCAGCGGCCGCUUUGUCAUCGGUGGACCCCAGGGUGACGCCGGGCUGACGGGCCGUAAGAUCAUCGUGGACACGUACGGGGGCUGGGGAGCGCACGGAGGCGGCGCCUUCUCUGGGAAGGACUACACCAAAGUGGACCGCAGCGCCGCCUACGCAGCCCGCUGGGUGGCCAAGAGCCUCGUCAAGGCCGGACUGUGCAGACGCGUGCUUGUGCAGGUGGCGUAUGCCAUCGGAGUGGCCCACCCACUCUCCAUCUCCAUCUUCCACUAUGGCACCUCCCAAAAGAGUGAGAAGGAACUGCUCGAUAUCGUUAAGAAGAACUUCGACCUCCGACCCGGUGUCAUUGUCAGGGAGCUUGAGUUGAAGAGGCCCAUCUAUCAGCGCACGGCAGUGUAUGGACACUUUGGACGAGAGUCCUUCCCAUGGGAACAGCACAAGAAACUCCAAUAUUAAAUCAAACACACACACAGAGCAUCCCUGCAUGCCUGCUGGUGUAACUACAGAGAAGCCACAGGCCCUAAGGGUGUUCUACACCAAGACACACACCACACUCAUUUGUAUUUCCAUUCUCUAUGUAACAGAGGCCCUUCACACUAUGUUCUAGUGCCAGGAGUGGGCUGUAUGCCUGUUGAGAUUCAUGUAGCUCGGAUGUUUUACAGCCAACAGCUUUUGAUGCUAAAUUUAGUGGGUUUUUUAUUUUAUUUUAUUUUUUUUAUAUUUUUAUUUUUCUCCCCUUUACAUGUAUAUUUUAAUAGUUUAAGUGCCUACUGUUGACCAUGACAUUGUUAGUAUGUGAUGUUGGUGAUCUUCUGUUUAAAAAAAGACUAAUCUUGUCUUAGAGGUGUGUCUUCACACUCUAGAUCACACACAUACCCAGGCAGACCAAGCAUGGUCUCACACACACAUGCACACAUACCUCAGACAGACCAAACAAUAUGACUGUUAAUGCUAACAUCCUUUAUCAAAGUUAAAACAUCAGUUUCUACUCCAGCCAUGUGCACAUAAUACUGGAGGGACUCGAGGUUCCUCUCAUGUGCUAGAUCUAUAAUACUUUUUUUUUUUUUUUAAUCCAACUUAUUUAUUAACAUUGAGACUUGGCUGCAGGCCUCAAAAGGAGUUCUCUAUGAGAGACAAUAAUACAUGCCCCUCAAACACACACACGCACACAAAGAUAAUUGUGAAUGGUUGCUGAUUGUGUCUCGGUGAGGGUGUGAGGGUCUAAGAGUGUGGUACAGAAAAGCUCUAAGGUCCCUUCCACUCUCACAGGCUGCUGGGCAGGUUCCCUGUCAUUGCCCCGCACCACAUCCCCCCCCCCCCCAGUAGUGCUGGCGAGGGGUGGCUAAGUCUGGCUGGUGUUGUACAGAGAAACCAGCCUCGUUUACAAGCUCCCCUUGCCUCACUCCUGCGUGGAUGGAUGUGGAGGAACUUUCAUUUUUAAGAAACUCUUUUUGCCAUUAAAGAGAUCAACUACAA